ACCAACAACUCACAUACCCCACGAGAAAACUCGCCGCAGACGGGAAACCCUCUCCGUCCCGACUGUUGGCCUAUAUUCUUAUCUUAGUCCGAGCUACCGAGCGGUGGGCUCAAAUUCUCUCCCCGGCUUCUGCUCGGCUCAACCUCCACCUCGUCCGACUGCCUUCCAGGAGGCUCCUCCCGUUAGAACACCAUGAAAGCCACACGAUAUGUCGGCCACUUGGCGGUCAUUGCUGUGUCACUAUCGCCCUUGGUUUCAGCGUGGCCAUCAUGGCCGAGAUGGCUCCCAGAGAUGGACUCCCUGGUCGUACGGGCAGACGAGACAUCAUCAACGGACGAGAAACCAACCCCUACCUCGACUACGACAACUAACGGCAAGCCCGGCCCUCCGUUGACGACAACCAACCUAAACACGGGGGGCCGCCCCAAGGCCACGGGUACCGGCGACGGAUCGAAGAACGGCACGUCAACAAGCCCUCCGAAGCACACUAUGUACAACGAACAGGACCCUGCCGGCUCGGUCGUGAUGGUCACGCCGGCCAUCACCAUGGGCUCCCAGCUGUACAAGAUCAAGGACUACGUGACCUUCGGGUGGAACUACACGAACCUGCAGGGCACACCGACGGCCAUCGACGUGCUCGCCGCCUGCUCCAAGGCAUCCAACACGUGGACGCUGACCCAGAACAUGACGUUCGAGACGGCCGGCUCCUUCACCUGGGACACGGGCGCCUACCAGGCCACGGCCGUGCAGUCGCCGCUCCUGACUGAGGAGUACACACUGAUCAUCUACGACGCCGAGAGCAGCGUCAGCGCCACCGCCGAGGCCGGCUACCUGGCCCCCUUCACGGGCUUCAAGUUCGGCCUGUACCUGCCCAAGCCCUACCAGCCGCUCGGCGAGUGGAAGUGCUCCACCUGCAGCGCCGGCAUCUCGGCCACCGACAGGCGUGCACUGGGUGCCGCCCUCGCCAUGAGCGUCCUGACCGUCCUCAGCUUCACCUGGUUCGUCACCGGAUUGGGCGUGCUCGUAUGAGGCUGAACCGCUGUUGGGUUGGGAGGCAUGACGAAUCUCGUGCUGUUUUGUUUUUUUACGUUCUCGUAAUGCUUCUAGACUGUUCCUCUCAGCCACGUAUUCCUGGUUUCGGGUCCUUUCCGUUUCAUUCUAAUUUCGGGGUCGCGGGUGGUGGAUAAUACUCUUGACUGAACAAGGGCUUGCGUAAUUCUUUGUUGGAGGCGGC